AGCUGGGGUAAGGAGUUCAAGGCAGCGCCCACACCCGGGGGCUCUCCGAACCCCGACCGCCUGCCCGCUCCUCCCUUCCCCUUCCCGCCCUCCCUCCCACUAACUCACCCACCCACCCAGCCAGAACCAGGACGGCAGCCCAGGACCCGGGGCCCGCCGCCUCCUCGCCGCGAUCCUGGACUUCCUCCUGCCGCAGGAAUCGGCUUUCACGUGUGCCCCGGAGCCGGCGUCUCCGCGGGCGCACCCGCCAGGACCCGGGUGCCUUCAGCAGCCAGAUCAGUCAGGGGUCCGGGGUCCGGGAAGCAUCUGGGCCAAGUUAGGCUCAGUCGAGCCGAGCGCCGCACGUCUGCAAGGUCGGAGGAACCGCGGGUCGUGCGUGGCUGAAUCGCAGCAGAUGGGCUCCGACGUGCGGGACCUAAACGCGCUGCUGCCCGCCGUACCCUCGCUAGGCGGCGGCGGUGGUUGCGCACUGCCGGUGAGCGGCGCCGCUCAGUGGGCACCGGUCUUGGACUUUGCGCCCCCGGGUGCCUCGGCUUAUGGUUCGCUGGGAGGCCCUGCGCCGCCGCCUGCUCCUCCGCCACCCCCUCCGCCGCCGCCUCACUCCUUCAUCAAACAGGAGCCGAGCUGGGGCGGCGCGGAGCCUCACGAAGAGCAGUGCCUGAGCGCCUUCACCGUCCACUUCUCCGGCCAGUUCACCGGCACCGCGGGAGCCUGUCGCUACGGGCCCUUCGGUCCUCCUCCUCCUAGCCAGACGUCCACCGGCCAGGCCAGGAUGUUCCCAAACGCGCCCUACCUGCCCAGCUGCCUCGAGAGCCAGCCUGCUAUUCGCAAUCAGGGAUACAGCACAGUCACCUUCGACGGGACGCCCAGCUAUGGUCACACAGCCUCACAUCAUGCGGCACAGUUCCCCAACCACUCCUUCAAGCACGAGGACCCCAUGAGCCAGCAGGGCUCUCUGGGCGAGCAGCAGUAUUCCGUGCCGCCUCCGGUCUAUGGCUGCCACACGCCCACCGACAGCUGCACAGGCAGCCAGGCCCUGCUGCUGAGGACGCCCUACAGCAGUGACAAUUUAUACCAAAUGACUUCCCAGCUUGAAUGCAUGACCUGGAAUCAGAUGAACUUAGGAGCUACAUUAAAGGGAGUUGCUGCUGGAAGCUCCAGCUCAGUGAAAUGGACAGAAGGGCAGAGCAACCACGGCACAGGGUACGACAGUGAUAACCAUACUACACCCAUCCUCUGUGGUGCCCAGUACAGAAUACACACUCAUGGCGUCUUCAGGGGCAUUCAGGAUGUGCGGCGUGUGCCUGGAGUAGCCCCGACUCUUGUCCGGUCGGCAUCUGAGACCAGUGAAAAACGUCCCUUUAUGUGUGCUUACCCGGGCUGCAAUAAGAGAUAUUUUAAGCUGUCCCAUUUACAGAUGCACAGCCGGAAGCAUACUGGUGAGAAACCAUACCAGUGUGACUUCAAAGACUGUGAGCGAAGGUUUUCUCGUUCAGACCAGCUCAAAAGACACCAAAGAAGACACACAGGUGUGAAACCAUUCCAAUGUAAAACUUGUCAGCGAAAGUUCUCCCGCUCCGACCAUCUGAAGACCCACACCAGGACUCAUACAGGUGAAAAGCCCUUCAGCUGUCGGUGGCCCAGUUGUCAGAAAAAGUUUGCCCGGUCAGAUGAAUUAGUUCGUCAUCACAACAUGCAUCAGAGAAACAUGACCAAACUCCAGCUGGCGCUCUAAGGGCUCUAACACAGAGACAGAUCUGUGUCCCAGGCAGACUGUGUGAACUGCUUUCAAAUCUGACUUUAAAGUCUCUCCUCACUCACCUCUCUUAAGAAAGAACUGCAGUUGACCUUCUUCAUCCAAUUUCCAGAUCCCGGUACUACUGGAUCCUACCAGGUUUGCCCAGAGGCAGUUGGUCUCUGCUUUGCUGACUUUUAGUUGACUCCAUAAAGCCCUGGUGAAGUGGCUAAUGAUGUCCAGUUAGUUAAAAGCCCAUCAUGCUUAGGUCUGGGUUUUCACUGUAAGAAGAACCAUCGUUGAUAAUGUUCCUUGCUCUUCCUUUAACAUGCAUUUUUAGUAGGAAUGGAGUCAUUGUACCAUUCUCCAUCA